UUAGGUAGGUCCGGCUGUUUUAGUGUUUUUAUAUUUCUUUAAAUUUUAUCAAUAUUAAUAUACAAAAAGAUAUUCCAAGUCUCGUACUAUGAUGGAUGAUUUAGAGAGUUGGAAUUCAGAUCCAAAGAUUUGGAAGAAGCCGAUAAAAAAUUUAACAGAAAAAUGGAAAUUGGUUCCAGCUUUCUUACAAAUAAAAGGACUUGUUAAACAGCACAUUGAUUCUUUCAAUCAUUUUGUUAAUGUUGAUAUCAAAAAGAUUGUAGCCGCAAAUCAAAUAGUCCUUAGUGAUGCUGAUCCAAUGUUUUAUUUAAAAUAUCUAAAUGUAUCAGUAAAGCAACCUGAUAUUGAAGAUGGAUUCAACAUAACAAAACCAACAACACCACAUGAAUGUCGCUUACGUGAUGUCACAUAUUCUGCUCCAAUUACUGUUGACAUUGAGUAUACAAGAGGACAUCAAAGAAUUAUAAGAAAUAACUUAUUGAUUGGUCGAAUGCCUAUUAUGCUGAGAUCUUCAAAUUGUAUUUUAUCAGGAAAAUCAGAAUAUGAGUUAUCGAAAAUGAAUGAGUGUCCGCAUGAUCCUGGAGGAUAUUUUGUUGUACGCGGACAAGAAAAAGUAAUUUUGAUACAAGAACAGAUAUCAUGGAAUAAAAUGAUAACAGAAGAAUUUAGUGGAAAUGUUCAAUGUCAGGUUGCAAGUUCCACUCAUGAAAAGAAAUCUCGCACUGUUAUACUAGGCAAGCAUGGGAAAUAUUAUCUAAGGCAUAAUUCGAUGACGGAUGACAUACCAAUUGUGGUCAUUUUUAAAGCCAUGGGUUUUGUUUCUGAUAGAGAAAUUUUAUCUUUGAUUGGUACUGACCAAGAAACACAAAACCGUUUUGCUCCUUCCAUGCUAGAAGCUUUUCAUCUAAAAAUUUUUACACAGCAAAGAGCCUUACAAUAUAUGGGCUCAAAAUUAAUUGUGAAAAGAUUUCAAUCUUCAAAUAAAUUUAAAACUCCUGGAGAUGAAGCAAGAGAUUUAUUGGCGACAACCAUACUAGCUCACGUGCCAGUUGAUUGCUUCAAUUUUCAAAUGAAAUGCUUCUAUGUUGCAAUAAUGGUAAAACGAGUUAUGACGGCUGAAAUCGACCCUUCCACAUUUGAUGAUCGUGAUUAUUAUGGAAACAAACGUUUAGAGCUUGCUGGAUCUUUGUUAUCUCUUAUGUUCGAGGAUCUUUUUAAGAGACUGAAUUGGGAAUUGAAAAUGAUAGCAGAUAAAAAUAUUCCUAAGGUUAAGGCAGCGCAAUUUGAUGUUGUGAAACAUAUAAGGGCAGCACAAAUUACCAUUGGACUAGAAUCCGCUAUUUCAUCAGGAAAUUGGACCAUUAAACGUUUCAAGAUGGAAAGAGCUGGUGUUACCCAAGUUUUAUCGCGAUUAAGUUAUAUUUCUGCAUUGGGAAUGAUGACUAGAGUUAACUCUCAAUUUGAAAAAACUCGUAAAGUUUCCGGUCCUAGAUCAUUGCAACCAAGCCAAUGGGGUAUGUUGUGCCCGUCUGACACUCCAGAAGGCGAAGCGUGUGGUUUAGUAAAAAAUUUGGCACUAAUGACCCAUAUAACAACGGAAGCUGAUGAAGCCCCUGUGAUUAGACUAGCAUUUAAUUCAGGCGUAGAAGAUAUUAGAUUGAUGGGUGGUCAUCAAAUGAAUAAUUCCAACGUUUACAUAGUUUUCAUAAAUGGAAACAUAUUAGGGGCAACCACCAAUAAGACACAUUUGGUUAAAGUGUUUCGAAUGAUGCGUCGAAAAGGUUUGAUUGCUCCUUUUAUUUCGGUGCAUACGUCCGAAUUUCAGCGUUGUGUCUAUAUUCACACGGAUGGUGGCAGAUUAUGCCGACCAUAUAUCAUUGUGAAAAAUGGUAAGCCGGCUGUGGAGCAAGUCCAUAUAGAUGAACUGAAUAAAGGAAUGAGGAAAUUUGAAGAUUUUCUUCAUGAUAGCUUAGUGGAGUAUUUAGACGUAAAUGAAGAAAAUGAUUCUUUUAUUGCCUGGAAUGAAAACGAUAUUUCGCUUGAAACCACACAUUUGGAAAUAGAACCCUUCACAUUACUAGGAGUUUGUGCUGGUCUUGUACCAUAUCCACAUCAUAAUCAAAGUCCAAGAAAUACAUACCAAUGUGCUAUGGGUAAACAAGCUAUGGGAACAAUCGGCUAUAACCAAAAAAAUCGAAUUGAUACUCUAAUGUACAAUAUUGUUUACCCACAGAUACCAAUGGUUAAGUCCAAAACUAUAGAACUAACAAAUUUCGAUAAACUUCCUGCAGGACAGAAUGCCACGGUAGCGGUUAUGAGCUAUUCUGGCUAUGAUAUUGAAGAUGCGCUAAUUUUGAAUAAAGCCUCGAUAGAUCGGGGAUAUGGAAGAUGUCUUGUAUAUAGAAACUCUAAAUGUACCGUUAAGCGAUACGCAAAUCAAACUUAUGAUCGAAUAAUGGGUCCUGCUAAAGAUUUGACCACAAAUAAAAUUGUAUACAAGCAUGAAGCUCUAGAUACAGAUGGAAUAGCAUCACCUGGGGAGAAAGUUACUAAUAAACAAAUUUUAAUCAAUAAAGAAAUGCCUGCAGUAACAUCAAUAAAUUCUCUUGAACAAAAAGAACCGUCAGCACAAAAUAAUAUACAAUAUACUUCCGUUCCAAUCUCCUAUAAGGGACCUGAACCAAGUUAUAUUGAGAAGGUUAUGGUAUCUGCUAACGCGGAAGAGGAUUUUCUCAUAAAAAUUUUAUUGCGACAAACAAGAAGACCAGAAAUUGGAGACAAAUUCAGUUCUCGACAUGGACAAAAGGGUGUGACGGGACUAAUAGUGGAGCAAGAAGAUUUGCCUUUUAACGAUUUCGGAAUAUGCCCUGACAUGAUUAUGAAUCCACAUGGUUUCCCCUCUCGCAUGACUGUCGGCAAAACAUUAGAGUUGUUAGGAGGAAAAGCCGGCUUAUUAGAAGGAAAAUUUCAUUAUGGAACAGCUUUUGGUGGAUCUAAAUGUAAAGACAUACAGGAUGAAUUAUUCAAACAUGGCUUUAAUUAUAUGGGAAAAGAUAUUUUCUACUCUGGGAUAACUGGUGAACAGUUGGAAAUGUAUAUAUAUUCUGGGCCAAUUUAUUACCAAAAAUUAAAGCAUAUGGUGCAAGAUAAAAUGCACGCUAGAGCAAGAGGCCCUAAAGCUGUCUUAACAAGGCAACCAACCCAAGGCAGAAGUAGAGAAGGAGGAUUACGUUUAGGUGAAAUGGAAAGGGACUGUUUGAUUUCAUAUGGUGCAAGUAUGCUUAUAAUGGAAAGAUUGAUGAUAUCAUCUGACGCAUUUGAUGUAGACGUAUGUAACACUUGCGGUCGACUAGCAUAUUCAUCUUGGUGUCAUAAUUGUAGAUCAUCUGGUAGUGUAUCAAAAAUAUCAAUGCCGUAUGCUUGUAAAUUAUUAUUUCAAGAACUAACCAGUAUGAAUGUGGUACCGAAACUAAAAUUGCAAAAUUAUUGAUUGAAUAUUUUAUUAAUAAAAGAAAAAAGUUUAAAAAUUUU